AUGAGGGAUGGAGCCUCUUCCAGUGAAGGAGGUUCCCCGCGUGAAGGACUGGAGUGCGAGCGCUGCGAGGUAAGCGCAGGUUGGCUGACAGAACUCCGCACUUCCAUCGAUCGCGUCAACGAUUUCUUCACUUCAGUCGCUGAUGAAGCGGAGGCCCGGCUCAGCGCUGGACGGGACGAGCUCCAACAGGCCCACGGAAGUGACCACGAGCCGCAACUUCGAGUUCACCUACAGAGCAUGACGCAGCAGCUACAGAGCACCCUUCUUGAUCUGAGCCAUUUUGCAGCUGCAAACUAUACUGCUGUGUAUAAGAUCCUGAAGAAGCAUGACAAGCAGACCGGGCUUUGCACCCUGCCUUCUGUUCUGCAGCAAGUGGUGACAGAGCCUUUCAACGAUCCAGGCAAAGCUCGGUUGGAGAGCCUGCAGUUCCAACUUCGAGAAUUUGCAGACAAGCUUGGCGUGGAUGGUGAUCUGCAGUUGAGCUCUCCACAUGAUAAAUCUGCAACGGAAAACUUGUGGGCCUUAGCACGAAUUUCGUUUUCGUUGGGAGUCAUUUCCAUGGCGCUCAUAGUCCUGGCUGUCCUUUCGGGAAUGGAGCCUCAGAUCAAUCACUUCUCUGUUGAGGACUUGGCAGCUACUAUUCCGGUGCUGCGCUUAUCCUUCAUGAUGAACUUGACUGCUUGGCUGGCUGGUGGAUGCGCGAGUGUGUUUGAGCGGUACAGAAUCAAUUACAUGUUUCUGUUGGACAUCUCCCCAGACCUUGACGUUUCAGCUAUGUCCUUGCUGAACUAUGCUUCAGCACAGACGGGGGUUUGGAUAGUUUUAACAUUCUGUUUUCUUGCUGACAUGAAGUUUGGCGCAGUACUGUUCAACAUUCACCCUGCAAUUCACAAAUUCGGCUGGUCUUUGGCCCACAUCUAUUCUAUCAGCGUGCUCAUCCUACAGUUUGCAAUUACUUCCCGGUGGGUGUCAAAGGGCGCUCGGCACCUUUUCUCGAGACUGAUAAUGCGCGUGUUUUGCUUCUCCCUGCUCGGAGAAGUCAGCUUCGCUGAGAACAUCUUUGCUGAUUUCCUGACAUCACUGGGCCGACCUUUGAAGGAUGCAGCCUACACCAUAUGCUAUUUCAGGAAUUGGCGAGCAUUCAAUGCUCGUGACAUUCGGGUGCAGUGCAAGCAAGACAAGGGUCUCGCAUGGGCCAUGCUUCAACUCAUCCUGGUGCUUCCACUCCUCUUUCGGAUUGCGCAGUGCUUGCGAAGGAUGCGAGACACGGGCGACACAGCUAGACAUUUGCUUAAUUGCGGCAAAUACUUCUUGGCAAUCAUUGUCAGUCUCCUUGCUGCUGUGCACAUUCUCCCGCUGGGGCUGACACCGCUGCAGUUCAACUUUGUGAGAGUUGUGAGUUACCUAGCCGCAACUUCUUAUGCUGCCACCUGGGACCUCAUUGUAGAUUUUGGUCUGAUGGUUCAACACCGACGAUGCUUAUAUCCUCGCUACAUGUACGCUGUUCUGGCUGGGUUGGAUGUUGCUUUGCGGAGUACGUGGCUGCUGACCUACCAGCCGGAUUGCCGAGCAUUCGUUGGUGCUUCCACGUUCAAUCGUGAAUGCUUCGCAUUCAUGAUCAGCUCGCUGGAACUCAUCCGUCGUGCAAUUUGGGCAACCGUGCGAAUUGAACACGAGCAUCAAAGCAAUGCUGGACGCUUUCGCUCGGUUUGUUGGGUUCCACCACUCGAGCACCGCAGGCCAAUGAAGGCACAGACACAGAAGUUCUGCGACAGCUUCAAGAGAAAGGAGCCGACUGUCGUGGCUUUACAUCCCCCGCAUCGCUCAUAUGCUCCACAUGCUCCAAGGCAGCCGGUGGAUUCAACACCUCCAACGCAUGGUGACUUCACGGAUCACAGCCUCGAGGUUGCGCAGGCAGAGAGGCCCUGCUGUGAGAUCGACAGGCAAGACGCGUCAGAGGCUCUCUUCUCCGAGCUGCAGCAGUACCAAGGCCAUCUGUGUGGAAAGGCUCGUUCCAGGUUGCAGUCUACCAGGACCAAUGCUCGAAGGCGCAGCUGGGAGCCGUGA